AUCAAUGGCGGAAUAGGGAAUGAAGUCCACCCAAAAUCACACAUUUAUCUUGUAAUUUCACAAAUUCUGCAUGAGACUCCGAUUUCAAAUUAUUGUCAUCGAUACUUCAUUAUCUAAGGAUUUAGUCUGAGGAAUUAGAUCUUUGUUGGGCAGUUUGGUGGACCAUCAUCCCCGAAGCCAGAAAGCCAUGAUAUGUUUUUUACGUGGACCCGACCAUUUUGGAUACCACAAUGAGUCGCAGUGACGUCCUAAUGCAGUAUAACGAUAAUAUGCAAGGUUCGAGAAAUUUCCAAUCUCGAAACUACGAACUGGCUACAGAGGAUAGGAUGGCGAACCAAAGGGGGCCGCGCUAUGGCUCCAAGGUGAGCAUGCUAAAGGACAUGUUCAACCAAGGCCACCCAGUCCACGCGGAGGACAUCCCCCCGUUAAAGACGCCAUUGAAAGCUCGGUCACCGUCUGUUGAUCGUUCGCUAGAACGCUCGCCCGAUUCGAAGCGGAAACGUGGGAACACAGUCUCAGAUUCUGCGCCAAACAAGUCGCAAUCUAUGGAUGUCCAUGUGAAGCAGGACCAGGAGAAAAUCUUUGACAAUACGAAUCAUGUCCAGAGGUUUAAUUUCACUCGGGCGAUGUUUGCCCAAAUGGAAAAGGAUUCUGGGAAACCGCAGUCAAACCGAACGCAGCAAAUGCGUUCCACCACAUCUCCAGUGCGCUCUACGACGUCACCAGUCCGUACUGGCGGCUCUCCUAGGUACGAGAGUGACUUACCAAGCAAGCAACGUGCUGUUUCUGACCCCGCCGAAAUGGAACAAAAUGCAGAUAAUCAUGAUUCACAAUUACGUAAACCCCGUAGCGUUAGUCAAGUCGAGUACAGUCACCACAUGGAUGAAUCCAGGUCUGGCCAUCCAGGUGGCGUUUCUGAGCCCUCGUAUGUUCAAUCACGGGUCAAUCAGAGGCACCAGGAAAAGCCUAAUAUUCCUGUUAGGCCAAACCGAUUCUCAUCCCAUACUGACGGCCAGAAUGAUCAGCGGCACAGUUUUGCGCGAGUGAAUAUGUCGCCGGAGCGGAAAAUCUUGAACACAGAACAACGGAAGGAUAGCCCAGACCGAGGUCAUCUUGUACACCAGCAGUCAUUACCAGAAGAACGACCAAGUAAUCGCAGUAUGUCUCCAGGUAGUCGGUUUGGUCGAGAUCCACACGUUCCACCAGAGCGAUCAGUAGCUGUAGAUGCUCCCACACCAUUCAAGCCUUAUCAUAGCCGCAUACGUGAUGAAGAGCCUAAGAAGACUUCAGCACGUGACGAACCAGUUGCAAAAUGGCCACAGGAUGUUGCUUCAGAUGACGGGAGAAGACGCCGCAGGCCAUCACCAGAAAAGGGUGUAGCCGUUGAACAAAACUCACGCCGAGAGCGGAGUACCAGCCACGAAUCUAGACCAGAGGCUUCCAGACCUAUUGUUCAGGCAGAGACAACAAUACAAGACAAUACUAAUUCAGACCCACCACGUUAUCGGUUGAAUCGGGAACCAUCCGUUGAGCCGAAAUAUGGGCGGGAAGUGGAUACAGCAAAGAAUGUCUCGGAGCCUGUUCUUGAAGCAAAUGUUGCGUGGGAACCGGUUCCCUUGCAGCGGACAGGAUCAAAAGAACAAGUUCCUGCGCGGAGGUCACGAAGUCGUGAUCCAGUGCCUGAGGAUCGAAAACCUGAUUUGGUUGUCGAAGCAAAGGUGCCAGCACCAUCUGUCAGGCCAACAUCUUGGGAUACAAAGUUGGACAACGAUAUAAAUUUACGUGGCGGGAAAGAUACAGAGCCAGACAUUAUGACGUCAUCGUUUGUUGCAACGUUGGCGCGGGAACCUCAGGUCGAGAAGGAGAAUGAUUUUGGUACUUAUAAUGCUUCAAGUGGACCAAGAGCCGAGUUUGCCAUGGAGACGAGUCCGACUAGCCCGGCUGAAAAGUCACGGGAUCUAGAUGACGGACUUAAACCGUGGGCUACGAAAAUGAUACGCUACACACCGAAACACCGGGAUGGUUCAAAUUCCUCUACACCUACACCUACCCCUGGUGAUGAUGAGAAAAAAUUACCCCCCAGUGACAAUUUAGUCUCCAAUGCUACAUUCCAAGUGACUGUGCCGGAACCAGUGAGCCCGGCAGAACUUGAUUUUCCUGAUAUUGGAGUAAACGUGGACAGCGGGAGAUCAGAGACGUCUUUCGAGCUUGGGUCACCUACAGCCGCAGAGCAUUACUACCCGCCAGACGAGCUGAGCUCCGAUGAGGAUAGUGAUGAAGAAUUCCAGGCUACUCUUGAGAUCAGCCCAAUUGAUGAGCCAUCUGAGAAUGAGGAGGCCGAACCUGAACCGGAACCCCAGCAGAAGUCCAAAGGUGUCGAAUUAUUGAGCGUGCGCGAAGAUGGCGACGGGCAUGAAGAGCCAGAUCAAGGAUUUCAUUUGGAUACGCACGAAAUGGAAGUUGAGGAUGGCGUCCAUAUUUUAGAGGACGGAAACUUUUGGUAUGAUGUUGGCGGGAUCCCGGUAGAUGACCACGAGUACUUGCCGUCAGCGAAAAAACCAUCGAGAGUAAAAUUUAGCGCACAACCAAUCAGGGUAUUUAGCACAUUUUCUGUCAACGAGUACGACCGUAGAAAUGAGGACGUUGACCCCGUCGCUGCAUCUGCGGAAUAUGAACUUGAGAAGCGUGUUGAGCGCAUGGACGUUUUCCCCGUCGAUUUACUUAAAGGUCCAGAAGGAUUAGGAUUAAGUAUCAUCGGUAUGGGGGUCGGAGCAGACGCCGGUCUAGAGAAGCUAGGCAUAUUCGUCAAGACGUUGACCGAAGGUGGAGCUGCUCAGAGGGAUGACAGAAUUCAAGUCAACGAUCAAAUAAUCGAAGUAGAUGGGAAGAGUCUGGUCGGGGUGACCCAAGCGUACGCCGCAUCCGUGUUACGGAAUACCAGUGGGACAGUCAAGUUCCAAAUAGGUCGUGAGAAAAACCCAGACAAGAGUGAAGUCGCACGGUUGAUACAGCAAUCAUUGGACCAGGAUCGUGUGCGGGCCGACAGUCGCCGGCGAGAACAGGAGCGACAUAAAACGUUGCAGCAGGAGCUGAUCAAAGAAGAAGAAGAGUUCCAGAAGAAGCAAUUUGCUGCUCAGGACCAGGAAGCGCGCAGAGAGAUGGAGAAGGAACAGAUCGAGGACUCCCCGUCAAUACCCUCAGAGCCUCCUCCAGAGGAUUUGUCCCCUGAGGAGCCCCCUCAUAUAGAAACAUUUGAACUUGAAGAGAGUAGUAGUGAGUCUGUCACUCCAGAUAUGGACCCACAGGUUUUAUUUAUCAAAUUGAAAGAGUCUCAGUACAAAAAUGCUGUGGCCGAAGCAGAAGUUGCCAAGUUGAAGGCGCGUAUGAUCAACUUAGAGAACAUUGAGUCCCAGAAAAAACAAUACGAAAGGAAAGUUGAUGAUAUGGGGAAACGUCUGCGAGACAACGAGCUCAAUGCACAGAAUGCUCAGAAACAAAUUGCCCAGUAUCAGGAUUUACUCGAAGGAUCACAAGGCCAGUACAUCGCACUGGAGCGCAAGAUGCAGAGUGAGUACGGGAACUUGGAGAAGAAAUACCACAAGGCGAAGAAACUUAUCAAGGAGUAUCAGGCGCGGGAAAAGGACUACGUGCAAGAACGGGAGUCGUUUUUACAACAGCAGUCGGAACGGGACCAACAUUAUAAUCAGUUAGUCAAGACGUUAAAAGACCGAAUAUUUGGACUUGAAAAAGAUCUAGCCACGGCGAAGCAGGCAGCUGGCAUGCCUGUCGGCGAGAUAACGGACCAUGUGAUAGGUGUCGAAACACCUCUUCCAAAAUUUACAAUGCCAGAAAAAUUGGCGUUAUCUACAGAUAUUUCCUCAAAAGUGCUCAUCUCAGUCGUUCCGCAACUAGUGACCGACAGUUUCUCCGAAGCGUCCUCUGAAUCUGAUAUUAGCCCAGAAGCCGACGAUGAGCAGAAUCAAAGGCGGUCCACCGUUAGUAUGUUUGAAGCAAUCCCCGACCAUGAACUCCUCGAUAACUCACCGAGUAAAGCCCGGGCACAGCUUGCCAAAGAUGGCGGAUUAGCGGGUAGACGACCACCAACGAAAAAGUUGUGGAGAACUAGCCAAUCUACCAAAUUGGAACACACCCCUCCACCGUCUCGUACCGACAGUCAGUCUCCUGAUGGGGAAGCACCUAUCUUGCUUCCCUUCGAAGAAUUCCAAGAACGGCUUUUUUCCGAGUGGUCUGAUUUGGACAGUCCUCACAAGUCUAGCGAUAGUACGGUCAAAAAGAGAAAAGCACCGCAAGCCCCGGCCCAACCUCCACCAUCCCCUCCGGCCGAUAUUACACCACCAGAUUCGCCCUUCCUAUUUGAUGACAGCAAAGAUAAUCUCUCCGAUACUUCAUCAAGUGUUUCUCAAGCAUCGUACGAUCCCAGCCGGGCGGCCAUGUUCCGGAGCACGGCGUCAGAAAUUCCCGAAAGCGUUGCGGAAACCUCAACGGAUAUAAAAUUAGUUUCAUCGAAACAUGUGGGCGAGGAUGGUGGCCUAAGCGAGAACAUUCCAUCAUCGAGCCGUCCUAGUAAAGGGAUAACGAGCAGUCUGGGUAGGUUCGCUAAGCGAUCAGCCAAUCAGCAAGAAAACGAUGGCGGAAUUAUGCUAAUUUCUUCCAAACCCAUUGACACAGGCUACUCGGGGUCGACGAGAGAAAAUGCGAGUCCUUUCACUUCCGCCAUGGUGUCGGAGUACGAUGAUGACAACGUCAAGGCGCAGUCGUAUAACUUCAGCAGCAUGACCGUGUCCUCAGAUAAAAAAGAGGAUUUGAGUGGUGCAAAUAGGAAGGUCUCAAAUCAGUGGCAGUCUUGUGCAGUAACGGACUGGACUGUUGACCAAGUGUGUCAGUGGUUGAUAUGCUUAGAAAUGGACCAUUAUAAACCACAAUUUACAAUGGAGGCAGUCGAUGGAAGAGGACUUUUAGCUUUAGAUGGGAACAAAUUAAAGGGCCUUGGUGUACAGAAUAGCAACGAUCGUAGUUUGCUCAAGAAAAAAAUCAAAGAAUUAAAAACGGCAGCGGAGAACGAGAGGAAAAAACUAGAACAAAAGACACCUGGCGACAAAAAGCGAGAAAAGAAGAAAAUGUUCGGCUUUAUAAAAUCUGCCUCUUGAGGGGAUCUUGAAAAUGAUAUAAUGUGGACUUGAAACUUGGACAUAAAAUCACCAGCUUGCGGAAUGAUGCGCUCCUGGUGACAAUCAUGUGACUGUCCAGCGAUUUUUUCUGCGGUUUCAAGUGUCUUUUUAUUAGGUCGUUUGAUGACGGCACUAAAAGCUUGACUAAAAGAACACCGCCUUAAAAGAUGCGAGGCUAAUCUUAAUGAUUUUGCUGGUCUCACGAUGCAGCAGAGCAUGAUGGAAAAAAAUACUAUGUGGUGGCAUAAUCGUUUCGUUAGCAAAGUUUCUGUGAUCACAUCUUCCCACCUCCUGAAUUGACACCGGCCCCGAGUCUUACCUUUACCUUUGGUCUGUUGUGACCUUUGACCUAGUAUGUCUCGGUGCUGGACACUGGCUCUGUGCAAGAACUAUGGUGCUACGCAGGGGGCGGACCCCCUCCCCACGACAAGGGUGAAAAGUUAAAAGUUUGCGAGCAGUUCCAACAUGUCCAAUGUUAAUUAGACAUUUAUGCUAAUUUUUGAUAUGAUAUGAUAUGAUAAUGAGCUAAUUUGCACACUAUGGCAUAUUCAAUGUAAUCUCAGCUGGAUGCUGUAAUAUUCUGACAAUAACACAGAAUUUUUAAAGACGAAAUCAGUUAAUUAGCUAAUAAGCUUAAAGAUGCUAAUUAUCUUAUUCGAUAUGUGACACCAUGCUCAAUAGCUCAGCAAAUUAUUAUCUAUUGUUGCUGAUAUCGCUAACACAAUAAUUGUAGUUGAAACAUGCAACUAAUCUUUUACAAAUCGUUUACAGAUGAACAGCAUCUGUAAACAUAUCAUUGGUAUGCUAAUUAGCUAAUUAUUGAUAUAUCAUUGCUAUGAUCAGGAACACACUGUGAAUAGUAGUUGCAGGAUUACAAAAUAUCUAAGAUUAAAUGAAAAUGUUUGCUUUGAUUUUGAGACUAUUUUCUUCAAGCUUGGAGCUCCUCUGGUGUAGGCAUAGCAGGCCAAGAUUUCCUUGAGAGCUCAUCUACACGGUCCAGAUUUGAGAAAAGUAGUCUGGGGCCUCUUCUAAGGACCUCAUCCAGAGGGCCCAGAUUUGGGUGCAUGAUCGCAUUUGACAAAACUUGCUUGCAAGAAUCACUGAUCGCAGGUCACUUUAGGACAAUUUAUUUCAGCUCGAGGGUUUUCCUGGUCAAUUUCAAAUAUGUUUCCCCUAAAUAGGAGUUGCUGGUACCGCCUGACCCCUCCCCUCUGGCUAUGUACAUGCCCCACUAGUCGGAGCUGAAUCAGGAAGCCCAGAAAAUUAAAUGACAAAUUUGAUCCAUUAGUUGAAUGCAGAAUAAAGCACCUGUAACGAACAAAUAAUUAAUUAGUCCUGAUAAAAAAUUGGCCAGGUAGGGUGUGGUAAUUUUACACACGGUAUUAUAUUCAUUGUGUGUUUUAUUGAUUGGAAAAUCUCAAAUUCAAUUCCUAAUUUCAAAUCUUGAAGAAAUGGACUUGGCCUUAGUUUUAAGGAUAGAAGUACUAAAAGUGUUGGGUCAAUUGUAACUACUGCUCUGUAUCUAGUUGAUAUUGGACUGGAAACCAUAGCUUCCACAACAGUAAACACCUUAUACCUGGUGAACUUUUUAUUCAGCUCAUUUUGUAUAUAAGAAUUAGUACUUAAUAGUUCACUUGCGGAAGAGCCAGAUUGUAAAAAUCUGAAAUAUUGUGCAAGCGACUUAGGAUUUGAAACAUUUGUAUAUAAUAGCUGAGUCCAAAUUAUCUUGAAAGAUUUAACCUCUUUUCUAAGAUUGAUGAUUAUGAGGAACUGUCAGAAAAAAUGGAACGUGAUGCUGAUUUUACAAGUUAUGCUCAAACAAAAUUUGUCUUGAGAUAAUGAAAAACUGGCAUUUUUCAAACGUUGUAGUCAUGAUAAUUUGGUCAACUCUGUGCUUUAAAUGCUACUGUAAUUUUUAAGAACUAUUUUUUUCGCUAAUGCACCGUCAAACACCAACCCGAAAAGCAGGAAAAUUGUAGGUGUAUUAAACGCAUUCACCAUUAAAUUUUGGCAGCAAAGGCGAUAUUUGGUCAACAGCUAAUUGAAAAUGAGCAACUUUGCCAAAUUUCAGCCUUGCGAACACUUCACAGUUCACAUUAUACUUUUAGGCAGUUCUUUGUACCCAUUUCAGCAAUUUGUCAGACUCUCAUCAACUGCUAUUUAUUGAACAGCUUUUUAGCAGGCUCUAAUAGAUGUUUAUUAGGCUAUUAAACUGCUGUUUAUUAGGCUAUAAUAAACUGCUGUUUAUUAGACUAGCAAAUUGCUAUUUAUUGGGAGAUAUUUAUCAGACUCGGAUAAACUGCUAUUUAUUUGACUCUGACACACUGAUGUUUAUUAGACUGACUCUGAUAAACUGCUGUUUAUUAGACUGACUCUGAUAAACUGAUGUUUAUUAGACCGGCUCUGAUAAACUGAUGUUUAUGAGACCGGCUCUGAUAAACUGAUGUUUAUUAGACCGACUCUGAUAAACUGCUGUUUAUUAGACUGACUCUGAUAAAUUGAUGUUUAUUAGACUGACUCUGAUAAACUGUUGUUGAUAUGUGUAAUGUCUCUGAUGUUGGUUGGUAGUAAUUUAAAAAUCUGAAUGAUCUCUAAAAAAUUGGGCAACUUUGAAUGAUCUCUAAAAAAUUGGGCAACUUUAAUUGGAUACCAGUAGGUUGAAAUAAUACGAUUGUCUCUUGUAAGUGAUUUUUUAUUUUAUUUAAAUUUAACUGUGGUUCUUCGUGACUUCUAGUAAUUUUAUUUCAUAUUUUUUCGAUAUGUUUUCCAAGAUUUUUCGAUUGCCUGAUUUUGUGGGAAAAGUUACUUCAGUAUCAUAACUUUUCCGUUUCUUGGGAAAAUUUGGGUCGAGUGAAAUAGAACAUUAGGGUUCAGCCUGAAAAAUAUACCUCAACAUUAUUUGUGGUAACAUCUGGGAUGAGACCGCAUUACAAAUAUCAAAUUUUUAACGAACGGCACAGGCCUUUAACUUAUAAUCUCUGUGAGCAAACGUUGUAAUGAAAUGUUGCUAAAUGUACAGCCCUUCAGGAAUUGAUCAUUCAAAUUUGAACGCAUGUAAAUAAUUUUGGUUCAUUUAAUGAAGAACAGGGGCAUCACCAGAGAUUAUUCCAUCUUUUGUUAAAGGAUGUAAUAAAUUUGUAACAUGCUAUAAAUAUAUUCAGAUAUAUUAUAUAUAUAUAAUUAUGAUAUUCCUCAAUAAAAUGGGAGUAUUUUGAAA